AUGCGAGGCAGACGUGUGAGGAAUCAGAUAACGCGCAAGGCACAAACAAUUCAUUGGUAUUUACUCUCUCACUUAAGGCUAGUUUUUGCUAGCAGCAGAGUCGAAGUCGGAGUUGUAAGCGGAGCGGUAAGAGCGCUUCUUACCUAGUUAAAAUUAAAAAAUAGGAGUUGUAAGCGGAAUCGUAAGCGCGACAGAAUCAGAGUCAGAAGAAUCAGAACAUUUCCAUUUCUUCUGACUCCGCUUAUGACUCCGUCGCUUACGUUCUGCUUAUGAUCUAGUGAAAACCAGUUUGCCAGAGUUGGAAGCAGAAGCAGAAAGAUAAACCAGUCACUAGGCACAUUCCCAUGGUUUGUGAUUGGUUUAGUUUUUUCUUUACGUAUGGCAUUUUUUAAAACAUCCCUGGACUGGCUGCUUACUUUGACAACUCAGCCGUCUACAUUGUACUUCAAAACUUUCAAACAACCCUGAAGUUGGCAGCGAUUUUUGCCGGCAGCCGGCUACUUUUGACACCCCUGUAUAUAACCACUCUCAAUUGUCACACUCAGCCUCUCUGCUGAAAAAAUCAAUUGCCCCGUCCCCUUGAGCAAGUGUAUUGCCAAAGGGGUUAACCCAUGGUUUCGGUCAAAAAAUCCUCAAUCUUUUCUAGUUUGUUUUUCAGCAAAAUAGGGCUAGAAAUAAUGUUAAGCUAUGGUCUAGAAAGGAAAGAAGCUUUUGAGGACGAUGAAAAUGUCAAUUUUUUUAAAUGCAAAACCAUGGUUUUGGUAAAAAAAUCCACAAUUUUUUCUAGUUUGUUUUUCAGCAAAAUAGGCCUAGAAAUAAUGUUAAGCUAUGGUCUAAAAAGGAAAAAAGCUUUUGAGGAGGAUAAAAAUGUCAAUUUUUGAAACUGCAAAAGAUGGGUAUUUGCCUGGGGGUUAACCCAUGGUUUUGGUAAAAAAAAAUCCACAAUUUUUUCUAGUUUGUUUUUCAGCAAAAUAGGCCUAGAAAUAAUGUUAAGCUAUGGUCUAGAAAGGAAGAAAGCUUUUGAGGCGAUGAAAAUGUCAAUUUUUUAAAAUGCAAAAAAAGGGUAUUUGCCAAAGGGGUUAACCCAUGGUUUUGGUCAAAAAAUCCACAAUUUUUUGUAGUAAGUUUUUCAGCAAAAUAGGCUUAGAAAUAAUGUUAAGCUAUGGUCUAGAAAGGAAAGAAGCUUUUGAGAACGAUAAAAAUGUCAAUUUUGUAAACUCCAAAAAUUGGAUAUUUGCCAAAUGGGUUAACCAUGGUUUCAGUCAAAAACUUCACAAUUUUUUCUAGUUUGUUUUUCAGCAAAAUAGACCUAGAAAUAAUGUUAAACUAUGGUCUAGAAAGGAAAGAAGCCUUUGAAGACGAUGAAAAUGUCAAUUUUUUAAACUCCAAAACUGGGUAUUUGCCAAAGGGGUUAACUCCUGCUUUCGGUCAAAAAAUCCACAAUUCUUUCUAGUUUCUUUUUCAGCAAAAUAGGCCUAGAAAUAUUGUUAAGCUAUGGUCUAGAAAGGAAAGAAACUAUUAAGGACGAUAAAAAAUGUCAAUUUUUUAAACUCCAAAGAAUGGGUAUUCACCAAAGGGGUUAAAUCCUGCUUUCGGUCAAAAAAUCCAUAAUUCUUUCUAGUUUCUUUUUCAGCAAAAUAGGCCUUGAAAUAAUGUGAAGCUACGGUCUAGAAAGGAAAGAAGCUUUUGAGGACAAUAAAAAUGUCAAUUUUUUAAACUGCAAAAAAUGGGUAUUUGCCAAAGGGGUUAACCCAUGGUUGUGGUCAAACAACCCACAAUUUUUUCUAGUUUGUUUUUCAGCAAAAUAGGCCUAGAAAUAAUGUUAAGCUACAUGUAUGGUCUAGAAAGGCAAGAAGCUUUUGAGGAUGAUAAAAAUGUCAAUUUUUUAAUCUCCAAAAAAUGGGUAUUUUAAAGUGGAAACUUAUGCUAACUUCUUUAGUUCCUUGUUAUCUCUACACCCUGGUGAUGGUAGCACACUUUGGGAGUGGGAAGUAAACUUUAUAUCAUGAUUCUUACAUGUAUUUUUCCACUUUCAGUAUUAAAGAGAAGGCACACAUUACUCCAAUCUAAAAUAAGCGACGUGAACAGUGGGAAUCACACACUGAACACACACUGCUGCUUUUGGUUGAACUGUUGUAUCUUCAAGUUUAUAGUUUGGCUGGUGAGUACAUGUAUAUCACGUUAUGAAUUUCUUUUUAAUAUUCCUUUUUGAGCUAUUUUGAAAAAAUAGCUCAUAUGUCAGUGGUGUGAGCGUAUGUAUCUUUGUGGCUUUGUAACUUUGUAUGUUCGGAUCUUUGUUGCAAGAGCCAAUAAGGUUGAAGGUACUAUUAGUUGAUGCUUAGGAACCAAUGAGAUCUUAGCAUCUACUUAAACAUGACAUUGGUAAAGGUCGAACAAGGGCACUUUGAGACCGCCAUCUUUAUUCUUCACAAUUUUUUCGUCUUUUAUUACGGCUACAGGUGUUUGGAAACAUUAUAUUUAAUAUCUUCAUUAUUCAAACGCUGUGUACAGUGAUGCAGCUGUUUAAGGGUUCAUAUUUUAGUGUUGAAGCUACUUCAAGACAUUUCUGACCGAAUUCGGCUAUCGUUAACGGUAUUAACGCACGUAUUUAUGAGUUGUGUUUCACGUGCUUCAAGGUAGAGUAUAAAAGAUCGUAUAUUUUCAAAGCUCUUCCAGUGAAGCAAUAAUUGAUAUUUAGAUAUAGACUUUUAUUUGAAAGUAUGCGCCCUAUAAAAUGUGGUUUUAGAAGUUUAAAAGGCAGCUUAUUUUUUUGAAAGCUGUAUCGAGUAUUGUUAAUCCUGUAAACAAGCUUUAAAAAUAUUAUUCUCUCGCUUACAAAGUUCAACCGACCUUUUUGGUUCUAUUUAGUAAAGAUGCGUAACUUAAGUAGAAACAGUGGCGUUAGGGAAUAAAAUUGGAGGAAGCUAGUUGACACAAUAAUCAUGAUAUAAGUAGAAAUAUAUUUCGGCAGUUUGAUAAUUUUCUUGGAAGUUAAUAAAUGUUAGGCUAUCAACCUUGACCUUGCAUGAAACAUAAUUUAAUUGCAGAUGUUGUAGUAAAGCCGAGGUGAUUUCUUAAAAUCGUUUAAGAAAAUUUUGUAACAUCUUCACAUGCAAAUUGUGUGCAUGAGUUAUUUUUAUAAUUCUGUUUACUAGAUUACUGUGUGAUAACUCGAAUUCCCUCACGUACGAACGACGAAAGGGGGCAAAGUCCGACACUUUCACGUGCCAGCUGUGUGACUGUACAUCACAUGCAGAUUGGCUUUUCACAAUAAUAAUAGUAACUUGGACGUAUGAAGACCUGUUUCAUUUAGUAACCAAUGCCUUAAAAAAGGCUCUUGUCUUUUAGGAAGCAAUAGCUUUUAAAACAUGACGAAAUAAGUUGUCGGAGUUAAAGACCGUUUCACAAAAUUUUGUUAAUAAAUGUUAGGUUAUCAACCUUGACGUUGCAUGAAACAUAAUUUAAUUGCAGAUGUUAUAAUGAAGCCGAGGUGAUUUCUUAAAAUCGUUUGAGAAAAUUUUGUAGUGAAGAAUUUGCCUUUUUUUAACGUACGAAUUGUAAAAGGGCCAAAGACCAACACCUUCACGUGCAAAUUGUGUGCGUGAGUUAUUUUUAUAAUUCUGUUUACUCAGCUAGUUUACUGUGUGAUAACUCGAAUUCCCUCACGUACGAACGACGAAAGGGGGCAAAGUCCAACACUUUCACGAGCCAGCUGUGUGACUGUACAUCUCAUGCAGAUUGGCUUUUCACAAUGAUAAAUAGUAACUUGGACGUAUGAAGACCUGUUUCGUUUUGUAACCAAUGCCUUAAAAAAGGCUCUUGUCUUCUGAGAAGCAAUAGCUUUUAAAACAUGAAGAAAUAAGUUGUCGGAGUUAAAGACUGUUUCACUGAGUAGAAUCGCACGUGAAAACCUCGUGAAUUAUGAUGAUGCAACCAUCUACCACAAUGAUAAAAAUCCUGGUAUUUCGUAACUAUUCAGUAUUCGAUGAGUCACAUUUUGGCUUAAGAAACUCCGAGGAAACCUUAGAGUUUUCCUUCUAAUCAACGUUUGGUGAGUAGAAAUUUAUUUCACUUUAACGAUUUGUUUAACUUGCACCAGAUGUAACAGGGAAAGACAGAGGAAAGUGAAUAUAUAGCUUGAGGAUCGACUCAGCUGAGCGUUUCGCGUUUUCAUUUUGUACCGCAAUACGCAAUUUCGCACAAAAACCUAAUCUACAUUUAGGAUGAAAGAGGUAGAUUGAUCACUCUUGGUAAGGUUACACCGAAGCGUUAAAGUUACACUGAAGAAUUCAAAAUAGCUCAUGCACGUUUAACGUGCCUAUGUUUAAUGUCUAGUCAGUGGUAAAUAACCACUGAAAGUUGACCAUUCCCCAUGCACAUAUAUCCCAUGUGGAAGAUUUGCAAAGAGUUAGAUAUUUUAGAUUUAUAGGAGAAUGAAACUUACACGCCUCUUCUAAAAACUUCUCUGAACCCUGCUUAUCACAUUUGUAGCCCUAGAAAAGUGUAAAAACGAAUGCGAUAUGGCUUUAAAUAUUCUGGUACAAUGUUUUUGUCCACUGAAAAUUAGAAUUACGUGAUUUCCUGAUGGAUUUCGUCUUAAUAAUAUUAAAAAACUCUGGAAACCCAAAAUAUUAUCAUGUACAUUGUAGCUUUGUGUAACCUUCUGUCAUGUUUCUUUUUUCAGGCAGAUUGUCUUGAAGAAGGUGAAGCAGAUCUUCACAUAUUUAUGAGUGUCUCCAAUAGAAUAGAGGCAACUGAAGUGAAGGACAUCAUUGCCACAGGAAAGAGAUCACAAGUCCCUAGGUUGGUUUGUGGAUAACCUUCAUUGGUAAUACUUCAACAGACUGUCCAACCUUUUGAGUAUGUAAAAUUGGAAUAUUUUUUAAACACUGAUGAAUCAUGGGAGUACUGAUUGGGUGUGCCGCUAGGGGAUCUGGGUGGUUUUCCCAUAAAAAAUUUGAAAUCUUGAUGAUCUGAAAAGCCAUUCCCAGUGUUUUGAGAGGACAAUUUUAUGCUAAAUCCAAUAAAUUGAUUGUCAUUUUUUUGUAUAAUUUUAUUUGUGUAUCUUUGCGUACAAGUAUUUGAUUUUAAUCUUUAUUUCAUACAGUUUUUUAGUUUUCCGGACAUCAAUUUUAGUUAAAUAUACUCUGUUAGAUGUUCUUGAAUUGCAUGAGUAUCAUAAAAAAAUUUGAAAUAUCAGAACAGAUGUGAAAAUUGAGAUUUUUCCCAUCCCAGUUAUUGGUUGGGAUUCAGAAUUUUCAAGCAAAAUUGGGAGAAUCCCAAUGAAAUCAGGAUGGUUGGACAGUCUGUAUUAAAGGUUAUGCACUAAAUUUUACAAAUGAAUUCACAGUCAUGUAGUUCUCUAGAAAUGUUCACUGACGCAAGCCAGGAUUGAAUGUGGGGUACAUAUACAGCUGGCUAGGGAUUUUCCUCCGGGGAGAAAUUACAGUACUGUGCAAAAGAAAUGAAAGAAAAAUUUGCCAAAAUCAGUUAGUUUUGGCAAAUUUCGACGAUCAAAUUGCGAAGUUUUGUUUCAGACAAAAAAGCGGGCAAAAUUUCAGUCCAUCUAUUGUUCUUAUGUCAGCAAAAAUUUGCAAAAAAGGUGAUGAAUCAAAACAAAACUUUGUGGCAUAAUGAAUUUCAUGCUGGCUGCAGGAAAUUUCGUGUCAUUAAAACAAAGUUUAGUUUUUUUGAAUGGAAAUUUUGUUUCGGCGAAACGAAAUAUUGUUUCGUGGAAAGGAAAUUUCGUACAAGAUUGGGUAGAGAACUGUUUAAUUGGGCAGAUAUGUCAUGUUCAAUAAGGGUUAGAAUUGUGUACGAGUCGUGAAGUCCUUUCUUAGUCUCCUCUAUCAAAUCUUUGGUCCAGAAAACCUCAUCACUAAUGCACAGACUACUGGCUCCUGACAGAUUUUGUAAGAAACAUGAAAACCUCUUUCGUUUUUUUCCCUGACAAUGUUUUGCCUUGGCAUUCUCUAUGAAAGCACUCCUCUACUUGCAAAAUUUUCGAAAUGGUCGCCAAAGGAAGUCGAACGAAAGACGCAAACUGUUCCACUUCAACUGCAAGGCCCACAAUGCAUUGUAGGCCAAAAAUUAAAUUCAAGAUAACUCGGAAAAAUAAUUCUUGGCCUAAUGAAAAACUAAUUCUCAAUACGUAUUAGAAAAAUAAUUUGAAGUACCACUGAAAAAUAAUCUGUGGUAUGAAUGAAAAAAGUAUUCAUAUAAUUAAAACAAAAAUAACUCGUGUUGCUAAAAAUAAUUACUAACAUGCUGAAAAAGUAUUGUCUAGUGAUGACAAAAAAUACACAACAGGUCCAUAAUAAUUGCUGCAGUUGGAGUAAAAUUGACUUGCGGUGCAAUUUUAUUGUCAUGAUUUUGAACAGAACAGGCCUCCAUAAAACACACCUAUAUUUAAUAUGCACAGUUCUCAAAUGAACUGAUAAAUGGAAUAUUAGUAUUAAUUUAGUGGUGCUUAUAUGUUACCUUCACAUAAUUUAAGUUAUGGCUUAUAAAUGUUUAUUUGCUUUUUCUUCAGGUCAUUUGCUACAAACAGACUGGAUCAAGUCUUCAACAUUUAUGAUUUGGAGGUUAUCUUGAAUACUGUAAGUGCUGUAUAUUUUACUUUGUAA